AUGCAAACUCCACCAUAUACCCCAGAAACAAAAAUAGACGAGUCAUUGCAAAACCGCUCAAGUAAAGGAUCAAGACGCCCUCGUGCUAGCAGUGUCAUCAGCAACGUCUCUUCUGAAGAUGGCGCCGUAUUCCUAGGCAAAGCUCCUCCUAGAGCACUUACACCACGACCUAGACAACGUAGACCCGAACCAAUUCAAGACACCGAACAAUCCAUCGUCACAUCUGAGGAAGACACACGGCCUCCCUCUCCCAUCUGGCUAUGGCUCGAGGAUCAAUGGACGCGAACACAAAGAGAUGAAACCGAGUUCUUACGACAACUGGUUUUGUUCUUAUUCAUUACCCUGGCGUUUGUGACGGUGAGGUCUUAUAAUGCGACGUGCCCUCCUCAGAGCCCUGGAGUGGUGAUCAAAGGAAAUGUUGAUGAUCCUGCUUGGUCGGCUGUUGAUCAUAAUCCUUGGCCAAUGAUGGACAGAGAUGCUAGUGAUUCUGUUUUGUCGCCAGCAACGACAUUGGCAGGAGAUAUUUCUAGUUCUGAUUGGUCACCAGUUCAAUCAAAGCCCGAUAUACCUCUAGAUACCAACAUAGCAGCCUCACAUUCUGGCUCUUCCGCAUUUGCAAUGUGGAGCUUUCUGCCAGCAGCCUUAACAAACCCCUUACAACCAUCCAAGCUCAAAGAGGGAGUCAAGUCACUCUUAUAUCCGGUCACUAUCGCAGGCUCCGUCUGGUCGUUUGCUCAGAGACAGUUCAUGAGCUGGUCAUGGUCCAAAACCACUUCUGCAUUCACGCCGGUUCGUGAGCCAGACAUUCAUGGUUGGGACGUUGUUAUUGCCAAUCAAGAACGCAGACAACAUUUCCUAUCUGAAUUGAGAAAUAUGGAGGAAGUAAGCUCGCAAGUGCAUAUAAAGCUUAAUUCUGAACUCUUCGAAAGGUCUGCAGACCUAUCUGACAUAGAGAGCUAUGAAGAGCUACAGACGCACUUGACAGAGUUAAAGACACAUCAAUUCGAGAUUGUGAGGCUUCUGGGAAUCUACCACAAAGCAAGCAUCUUCGCCUCCUCCGCCCUAGACGACUACAUCCUAGCCGGGCGCUCUUCAACAAGCACCAAAGAUCUCGAUUCCUUGCGUUUGACAAUGCUAGACACUGGUUCCCAACUCCUCAUCCACCUAAACACAGCACAAGAAAACAUAAGUUUCGUUGUAAGAGCAGUUGAAGGUCUUCCUUGGAAAGCGGACAAGCAGAGAUGGUGGUUAGCAAGAUGGACUGAUCGGUAUAGGUAUCGAGGGAUUGUUGCGGCGUUUGAUGGUUUGGAGCAUUUAGGUGUAUAUGUCAUUGCUGCUUGUACUGUCAGUAUCAAUCUGAAGUGCAGCAAGAUACAAGACAAGGACUGGAAUCUAUACAUGGACGAAUUUGGCGGAUAA